AUCAUCUUGAAAUGUCCUGCUCGUGCCCUCUUGGGAAGAGUUCGUUUUAAAAGAGAUUCUGGGGUUCCCUGAUAAGGUAGGACAUCUGUCCCUUUUAGGUAUAAUACUGCCCUCCGCACCCCGAGGGUUCCCUCAGUGUAAAACGCAGGUGGUCUAGUCCAGCGGAGACACUUGUCCCCGGCCACGGCGGAGAAGCCUGAGGAGUGAAGGGCCCAUCGCCCACGCAUGCGCACAGGCGUAGCAUGGGGGCGGGAGCCGCUGAGCCCCUUCCCAGCAUCUGAGAUCAUUGCUAGGAAGAACUCUGGGUACAAUAAUGAACAGUGUAUGCGAUGAUGGCUCAAAUCUUAAGAUCUCAUCUGAUAAAUGCUUCAGUGAUUCCUAAUCGAAUGAAAAUGGGUCCAUAUCUUGGUGUCAUUAGAACUAGAAUGAUGUCAACUCAUAAAUCCAAAAAGAAUAUGAGAGAAUAUUAUAGGCUGCUGAAUCUGGAUGAAGGAUGCUCUGCAGAUGACGUCAGGGAAUCUUUUCAUAAGCUUGCCAAGCAAUACCAUCCAGAUGGUGGCUCUAAUACUGCUGAUUCUGCAACAUUUAUAAGGAUCGAAGAAGCUUAUAGGAAGGUGCUUUCCCACGUGAUAGAACAAACAAAUGCCAGACAGAGUAAAGUUGAAGGAACAGAAGAAGAAGAAAAAAAAUUCAAAUAUAACACACCCCAACACCGGCAUUAUUUAAGUUUUGAGGGUAUUGGUUUUGGGACUCCAAGUCAACGAGAGAAGCAGUAUAGGCAAUUUAGAGCAGACCGUGCAACUGAGCAAGUGAUGGAAUACCAAAAGCAGAAACUGCAAAGCCAGUAUUUCACCGAUAGUGUAACUGUUAAAGAUGUAAGACACAGUAAGGAACAAAAGAUAACUCAAGCAAUAGAACGUUUGGUGGAGGAUCUCAUUCAGGAAUCAAUGGCAAAAGGAGACUUUGACAAUCUCAGUGGGAAAGGAAAACCUCUAAAAAAAUUUUCUGGCUGUUCAUAUAUUGAUCCCAUGACUCACAACCUGAACAGAAUAUUGAUAGAUAAUGGAUACCAACCAGAAUGGAUCCUAAUGCAAAAGGAAAUAAAGGAUACUAUUGAUCAACUCAGAGAGGCAAUUUUAGUGUCAAGGAAAAAACUUGGGAAUCCAAUGACACCAACUGAACAGAAACAGUGGAACCAAGUUUGUGAGCAGUUUCAAGAAAACAUCAAAAAACUAAACAAGCGAAUUAAUGACUUUAAUUUGAUUGUUCCCCUUCUGACCAGGCAAAAAGUCCAUUUUGAUGCCCAGAAAGAAAUUGCCAGAGCCCAGGAAAUAUAUGAGACGCUUAUGAAAACACAAGAAGUCACAGAUAAAAACCCAAAUAACUUUGAUCAGGGAGAAGAAGAGAAAACACCUGGAGUCAAGACAGGUUUCUUUAACUGGAUGAAUGUGUGGCAAUUUAUUAAAACAUGACCAUCUCAUUGUUCACAGAACUGCCCCCAAUCAUUUUCAGUAGUACUGACA